GGAACCCGGAAGUGGGCAGUGCUGGCGGCUCCUGGCGGGCGGGCGAGUUGCGGGGGCUCAGCCGGGCGGGCACAGCAGGCACCCCGCGGCGGGGGGCAGCGGCGGCUGGCAUGGUGCUGGCGGCUGCGCGCCGCGCCCGCGUUGCACGGAGGAAGCCCGAGCAGAGCCGCAAUGGAGAUGUUGCUGCCGCCCGUGUGUACCAAACUUUGCCACCAGAAGCCCUUGGAUCUGAAAGAUGAUCACACUGAAAUUCACUGUCCUGUUACAGUAAAUCCAUGGCACAUGAAGAAAGCUUUUAAGGUUAUGAAUGAAUUAAGAAGUCAAAACUUGCUGUGUGAUGUGACGAUAGUAGCUGAAGACAUGGAAAUUGCAGCGCAUAGAGUUGUGCUAGCCGCCUGCAGCCCCUACUUCCAUGCCAUGUUUACAGGUGAGAUGAGUGAAAGUCGAGCAAAGAGAGUUCGAAUAAAGGAAGUUGAUGGCUGGACUCUAAGAAUGCUUAUUGAUUAUAUUUACACUGCUGAAAUUCAAGUUACAGAAGAAAACGUGCAGGUACUGCUCCCAGCAGCUGGUCUCUUACAACUGCAGGAUGUGAAAAGGACUUGCUGUGAAUUUUUGGAAUCCCAGCUUCAUCCUGUCAACUGCUUGGGGAUUCGUGCUUUUGCAGACAUGCAUGCAUGCACAGAUCUUUUGAAUAAGGCCAACACAUAUGCAGAACAGCACUUUUCUGAUGUUGUACUUAGUGAAGAAUACCUCAACCUUGGUGUAGAGCAGGUGUGCGGUCUUAUAUCCAGCGACAAACUCACAAUUGCCUCAGAAGAAAAGGUGUUUGAAGCAGUGAUAGCAUGGGUAAACCAUGACAAAGAUGUAAGGCAGGAGCUAAUGGCACGCCUGAUGGAGCACGUUCGGCUGCCUUUGCUUUCCCGUGAAUAUUUAGUUCAGAGAGUUGAAGAGGAAAUACUGGUUAAGAACAGCAGUGCUUGUAAAGAUUACCUCAUUGAAGCUAUGAAGUAUCACUUGCUGCCAACUGAGCAACGAGCAUUGAUGAAAAGCACUCGAACAAAACUGAGAACACCCACUAGCCUUCCAAAAUUGAUGAUGGUAGUUGGAGGACAGGCACCAAAGGCAAUUCGCAGUGUUGAGUGCUAUGAUUUUAAAGAAGAACGUUGGCAUCAGGUGGCUGAGUUGCCUUCCAGAAGAUGCAGAGCUGGAAUGGUGUACAUGGGAGGCAUGGUUUAUGCUGUUGGUGGUUUCAACGGUUCUUUGAGAGUUCGCACAGUAGAUUCCUAUGAUCCAGUGAAGGACCAGUGGACAAGUGUUGCUAAUAUGCAAGACAGGAGAAGCACACUAGGAGCAGCUGUAUUAAAUGGCCUUCUUUAUGCUGUGGGAGGAUUUGAUGGGAGUACAGGUUUAUCGUCAGUUGAAGUUUACAACUUGAAGACUAACGAGUGGUUUCAUGUAGCUCCAAUGAACACAAGAAGAAGUAGUGUUGGUGUAGGUGUUGUUGGAGGUAAACUGUAUGCUGUUGGUGGCUAUGAUGGGGCAUCACGUCAGUGCCUUAGUUCAGUGGAAUGCUAUGAUGCUAACACAAACGAGUGGACCUAUGUUGCAGAAAUGGGCACUAGACGGAGUGGAGCAGGUGUUGGUGUGUUAAACAAUUUAUUGUAUGCAGUGGGUGGUCACGAUGGCCCUUUGGUACGAAAAAGUGUUGAAGUGUUUGAUCCUGUCGCCAGCACAUGGAAGCAGGUUGCAGACAUGAACAUGUGCAGAAGGAAUGCAGGAGUGUGUGCUGUAAACGGUCUCUUGUACGUAGUUGGUGGAGAUGAUGGUUCCUGUAAUUUAUCAACAGUGGAAUAUUAUAAUCCAACAACUGAUAAAUGGACAGUUGUGUCAUCUUGUAUGAGUACAGGAAGAAGCUAUGCAGGUGUUACAGUUAUCGACAAACCAUUAUGAUUAGCUAAAGGAUUUUCAACUUGAUUAUGCACUAGAAGCAGUCUUCAAGUGUAUUUGAAGUGACUGAGUAUGUAAGCACUUCUCUACUUGUAGCUGCACUUGGAGUCACAGUGGAAGAUGUGACUGUCUACAAUUACUGAUGACAGAUGAAGAUUACUCUAGGUAGAAGCAAUGGAUAGGAUUAUUCUGCAUUUGAGCAGAAGCUGAUUGAACUUUUGAAGUCUAGUGGGCCAUUUCUUUUUUAUUCCAAGGUCUUCAAAAAAUAAAAAAGAACCACUUUCACAAGGACCGACUUACAUCAGUCAUGACUGAGAAACAGAUCGUCAGUGAAGAAUGGUGUGUAUUCUGGUGAAAGUAAAUUUUUGUCUUAUUUUUUCCAGAGACUAAUAAAUAUAUUUAAAGAAAUGAACUGUCAGUCUUCAUAGUAGGUAUUGAAUCCCACCUCAGUAAUUCAAGCUGGCAUGGGGUAAAGUUGUUUCCUUUUAUAAAACUUUUUGUUACAUAACUAUAAUAUGUGCAUAUGUUUGUGUGAGCCCAAGUUGCUUUCUAUUGAAAUACUUCAAAACCUGAUUUUACUAUUUAUAAUUUGGCACAGUACUUUGAAUAUGCCAGUACUAUGUUGUAAAAGAGAGUUGUAUUUUUUGAUAUGUAACAAUGCUUAACACUACUAAUUACUGCUGAAGGAGAGAUCAGAUGCUGUUAAUGCUUCCUGAACAGGUGUAACUUCAAGAUCUAAAAAAUUUUUAUUAAAAAAUAAAAAUGUUGUCUGUACUUAUGAUUUUUUUUGUUGUUGUUGUUCACAUUUUAGGUGUUGCUUCUUUCUUACCUUUUUAUCCAAAAGGUGAUUUGGCAUGAAAGUAAUGUAAAAUUUAUAAUGAAUGUAUGAAAUUGCGUUUAACUUGCAUGGCACUACGGCCUAUUUCUGUGUGUAACCUUAGCCUUUACUAGCUAAUAUCUGAGUAUAAUGUGUGUGGCCAUGCUUAUAAAGCAGGUUUUUGGGUUUUUUUUAUGGUCUUGGAAGGCCUCCUUUUAACAUGACCAAAGUUAUUGUCAUAUUUGAGACAUUUUCUUCAAAAAAAAGUUUGUAUAUUGUUUCUUAAUGCCAGCAAGUUGCUUAAAACCUGUGUUUUUCAAUACAAGUCUCAAACCAAGUAAUCUUUUUUCUUUUUUUUUUUCUUUUUUCUUUGUGGGUAGGGGGGUAAAGCUGGUGUCUUACAAGCUCUCAAUGGAAACAAAUUGAGAAUUAUUACUAAGUUUUAGAAACUAUUUGUGUAAGUAUCACUGGUUUGUUACUGAAAGCCUUGGUUUUCCGCGAGGUAAGGUAGCAUUCACCUCAAGUUCCAGUGAAACGAUUUGAGCUGUGAAAUUCGUUAAAAGGUUGAAAUUAACAUUUUCUUGGCAGAUGCUGAAAUUAAACUUUUGCAUU